AUGGCGGCGGGCUGCUGCGGGGUGAAGAAGCAGAAACUGUCCAGCUCGCCCCCGGCCGGCUCGGGGGGCGCGGCGGCGGGCUCGCACGGCGCGGGGGACGGCCAGGCCCGCGCCGGGGACUUGGGCUUCGGCGGCGGCGGCGGCGGCGGCGGGGGGGCGCGCCUCAACGGGCUGGGCGCGCUGACGGCCGGCGGCGGCGGCGGCCCCCUCCCGACCCCCGCGGGCGGCGGCGGCGGCGCGGGGUCCCUGGCGGCGCCCCCCGGCUGCGGGGUGGCCACGCUGCUGGCCUCCGCCGCCGCCUCGCCCGCGCCGAUCGCGGCCCCCCGGAAGAUGGUGGUGUCCGCCGAGAUGUGCUGCUUCUGCUUCGACGUGCUCUACUGUCACCUGUACGGCUACCAGCAGCCGCGGACGCCCCGCUUCACCAACGAGCCCUACCCGCUGUUUGUAACAUGGAAGAUUGGACGAGACAAAAGAUUGCGUGGAUGCAUAGGUACUUUUUCUGCCAUGAAUUUGCAUUCAGGACUCAGGGAGUACACACUUACCAGUGCCCUUAAAGAUAGCCGCUUUCCUCCAAUGACCAGGGAUGAGUUGCCACGGCUGUUCUGCUCUGUGUCUCUGCUCACUAACUUUGAAGAUGUCUGUGAUUACCUGGACUGGGAGGUGGGUGUACAUGGCAUUAGAAUAGAAUUCAUCAAUGAAAAAGGAUCAAAACGCACCGCCACCUACUUACCGGAGGUUGCAAAGGAGCAAGGAUGGGACCAUAUUCAGACCAUAGACUCUUUACUGAGGAAAGGUGGAUACAAAGCUCCAAUUACUAAUGAAUUCAGGAAAACCAUAAAACUUACCAGGUACCGUAGUGAAAAGAUGACCCUGAGCUAUGCUGAGUAUCUUGCUCAUCGCCAGCACCAUCAUUUCCAAAAUGGCAUCGGGCACCCCCUUCCACCGUAUAACCAUUAUUCCUGACACUGAGCCGCAAAGCCAGUCAUUGGGCCUCUCCGCAGACCUCUUCCAAGGAGACCCCACCCCUUCUUGGUCUAGCUAUAUCUUUUACUGUACCAUUUUAUGAUGAUAGUUUCCGUUGCCAUGAUGGAGCUUCGACAUUGCCUGUUAAGGUCAUCAUGGUAACGGGUAGGAAAUGGCAUUGGAAAAUAUUCUGUUUUACUAUUUUUUAUUUUUUUGCAGCAUAUAUAACUUUGAGGUGUUCUUUUCUUAAAAUAUUAUAUAUAGAGUUUUGCUUUGCUAGUCAGGUUCUGUCUUUCUGUCCUUGCCUUCCUUCCUCCUUGCAACUGUGGAUGGAAGAAAUCGUUCAGUUUUAAAGGGUUUUCUUUAGUUUUCAGUAAGACAGGUAAUUUGCUAGUUACUUUGAGAAUUAGUUCCUAUCAAAUUCAAUUCUUCAUUUAUUACUAUCAAAUUUGUCCAAUCGACAUUUUGCUAAGAGAGUCUAAUAUGAGGGUUUCUACUCCAUAAGGAUACUUUCCCAUCCACGCUUAAGUAUAUAAUCUUUAGUUCUAGUAGAAAACAUUCAAAGGUCUGUGAUAGGGCUUGUCAUAGAAAGUGAAAAAAGUCACUUAUGCCUACUGUGCUGGUUGUAGGAGACUGCCUCAUCACUGAGAUAAUCGACUUUCAAACUGAAACUGUUUCAAGGAAAUAUGUUACGUUUCAGAUAUGCUCUAGAAAUCAUUUUUGAAGAGCCACAAAUCUUGGAAAGAGAGCAGCCACGGAAUUUAGUGCCUUUGAAAAGAAUAUAACUAAAUGGAAACCAGAGGGAUUAGGGAAAAAGGCAGUUUAGAGAAAUAUUCUUGUAAAAAUGGAUUGUUUCUAUAUAUGAAUCAACAGGCUAGACAAAUUCCUUACCCUUAAGUAUUUUUUAACUGAAAAAAUAUUUUGAGCAAAUAACCAAAAAGACAUUUGUCUAAUAUAUAUUAAUUUAAAUUUGUUAGCUUUAGAUUUCAAUGAGUUGUGAUUGGCCAGGACAAUGGUAGCUGCCAUUUUAAAGAAU